AUGAGUGAAGCUGAGAAAAGACGGACACAAAUCACUGAGGAUUUGGAAAACGUCAGACAGAAAUCCUGCCUAGACUUUUCAAAGGACAUCAGGAAGGUCUUCAAUGACCCCAUUCAUGGUCACAUUGAGCUGCACCCGCUGCUGGUGAAAAUGAUUGAUACUCCUCAGUUUCAGAGACUCCGAUACAUCAAACAGCUGGGAACGAAAUAUCUGGUGUAUCCGGGCGCUACUCACACUCGCUUUGAACACUCCAUUGGCGUGGCGCAUUUAGCAGGAUGUCUUCUCAAGACUCUGCAUGAGAAUCAGCCAGAACUCAACAUUACCAAACAGGAUUUCCUGUGUGUUCAGAUCGCUGCCCUGUGCCAUGACAUGGGUCAUGGUCCGUUCUCUCAUUUGUUUGAUGGCAUGUUCAUCCCUGAAGUCCGGCAGGAUAAGCAUUGGGAGCAUGAGGAGGCCUCUGUUGACAUGUUUCACUGCAUGAAAAGGAGGAAUGGACUGGACAAAGAGAUGAAGAUCUAUGGACUGAAUCUACCUGAAGACAUUAAAUUUAUUGAGGAAUUAAUUCUGAAAGGACAAAAGGAUGGCCAGUGGUCAAAGAAGGGCAGGACUGAGGACAAGUCUUUCCUGUAUGAGAUUGUGGCAAAUAAAGUGAACGGCAUUGAUGUGGACAAAUGGGACUAUUUGGUUCGAGAUUGUUAUUAUCUCGGCAUUCCAUGUGGUUUUGACUCUCAGCGUCUGCUGAAAACUGCUCGAGUGUGUGAGGUGAACAGGAGGAAACACAUCUGCUUCAGAGACAAGGUGGCAGAUAACAUUAACGGUAUGUUUCACACCAGAUACACUCUUCAUCGUCAGGCCCUUCAGCACAAGAUCGGCUACAUCAUUGACGUCAAGAUUAAGGAAGCUCUCGUAGAAGCUAAUGACAAGCUGAGUCCAGAUCGCAAGAUCUCCGAUGCCAUAGAUGACAUGCUAGAGUACACCAAACUCACAGAUCACAUCUUUGAUCGGAUCCUGAACCAGUCAGACUCAAAUCCGGAUCUGGAUGAAGCCCGAAGAAUUUUGGAGGACAUUGUCAACAGACGCCUGCCAAAGUUUGUUGGAGAGGCCCGACUGAAAGAAGAAGGAUUAAAGGAAAAGUUGACUGAACACUGGGAGAAGAUGGUCAACGAGUUUAAAACCCCCACCAAAGAUCAGACUGAUGUGGAUUACAAAAAUUAUGACGAACUGUUGGCCGGAUUGAAAGUCCAGUCAGGUGAUGCCCAGUCGUGUGACGUCUUCAAGAUAAAAUUGUAUCAGGACAUACUGCUGGCCAGUUUGGGAGAGAAGCCUAAUGAAGCCUUCGAGAUUAAGGUAAAGGAGGAGAAUAAAGCAAUGUCUGAGAAACUCUUCAAGAACAAAUUGUAUCAGAAAAUACUGAAGAAGUGCUGCGAGUUUAAACCACCAGGGACGGAGGAGGACUUUGACAUUCAUGUUCUUGAGAUGGGUUUUGGUGAAGUGGGUAAUGAGCCCAUUGAUAAUGUUCAUUUCUACAGCAAGAAUGAGCCAAACAAAGCCUUCAAGAUGGAGAAGUAUCAGGUGUCCAGUCUCAAGCCAAGUAAGUUUCAUGAAUUUCUUGUGAGGGUCUAUUGCAAUCCAAAGAAUCAGGAGGAUGAGGAGAAUCAGGAGGAUGAGGAGGAUCAGGAGGAAGCUGAGAAAUACUUUCAUAAGUGGUGUGAAAUCAAUAAACAGUUUAUUGAUUUUGGGACUGAUUCAGGAUCCGAAAUCAUGAAAUCCCAAGAUGAUAAAACCCCCUCAGGCAAGAUCUUCAACGACCCCAUUCAUGGUCAGAUUGAGCUGCAGCCGCUGCUGGUGGAGAUCAUUGAUACGCCUCAGUUCCAGAGACUCAGACACAUUAAACAGCUGGGAGGAACAUAUCUGGUGUAUCCUGGGGCCACUCACACUCGCUUUGAACACUCUCUUGGUGCGGCAUAUUUAGCAGGACUUCUGGCCAAAGUUCUGCAAGAGAAACAACAGUUUGAUGAGAAAGAUGUCCUGUGUGUCCAAAUUGCCGCUCUGUGCUACAAUUUAGGUCAUGGUCCAUUCUCUUAUGUGUUUAAGAACAAGUUCAUCACUAAAGCCCUAAAUCUAGAGCCUGAUGAUCAGUGGAAGCAUGAGGAGGCCUCGAUUUGGCUGUUCCUGGAUAUAGUAGAGAACAAUGCUGAACUGAAAAAGAAGCUGAAAAAGGAAGAUCUCAGGUUUAUUCAGGAGCUGAUAAAGGGAGUUGAUACUUCAGCUGAAGUGUGGCCAGCAGAAGGCAGGACUGAGGACAAAUCUUUCCUGUAUGAAAUUGUGGUAAAUCAACAGAAUGGCGUUGAUGUGCGCAAAUGGGACUAUUUUGCACGAGACUGUCAUCACCUCGGCAUCCCAAACAGCUUUGACCAUCAACGCAUGCUGAAAUCUGCUCGAGUCUGUAAAGAAGUCAACGGGAGAAGUCACAUCUGCUUCAGAGACAAGACAGCUGAUAAUAUUUAUGACAUGUUUCACACCAGAUACACUCUGUAUCUUCAGGCCUACCAGCACAAGAUCGGCAACAUCAUCGAAGAGAAAAUCUCAGAAGCCCUCUUAGCAGCGAAAGACAAUAUCACAAAGCUCUCACCAAUUGCUGUAUCCGAAAUACAAGAAGAUAUCGAGAGGAAGCUCUCAAAUAUUCUAAGCACUGAAGGAGGUGAUGAGAACCCAACAACAAGAGCAAUGAAAGAGUUCAUCAAACUGACGGAUCACAUCUUUGAGGAGAUCUUGUACUCCACUAAGGAUGAGCUGAAAGACGCCCGGAUGAAGCUUGAGGAUGUUGUGAAGAGAUGCCUGCCGAAGUGUGUGGGAGAGACCAGAAUAACACAAGCUGAAUACAAAGACAAAAGGAUCUUAGAGAAUAAUUGGAAUGAAGCAGUGGACAAAUGGAACAAACUUCACCGAACUGCGUUCUUGGAUAAGAAGGAUUUCAGCAUUGAUGUGAUUCCGCUGGAUUAUAACCAGAAGGACAAAAACCCCAUUGACAGUGUCAACUUCUACAGCAAGAGGAACCCCACCGAAGCCUUGCCGAUUAAGAAAUAUCAGAAAUCCAGUCUGCAGCCGAAUAAAUUUAGAGAACAUGUUGGUCGAGUGUACUACACAAAAAACUCUGAUGAGGAGGAGAUGGAUGCUAAGGAUUGCUUUAAAUGGUGGCGCCUUGGCAUGUGUGUAAUUGAGCUAUACGAUCAGCAUGCAUUUAAAGGUACCAAGUGUGUGAUCACAGGAAGCUGUCCGUCAUUGGACCGCUGCAGUAUAACAGAGGUUCGCUCCUGUAAGGUGAUCCGAGGCGUCUGGAAGCUCUGGAAGGGUCGUGACUACAAUGGAGAGUAUUACCUACUGAAGGAGGGAGAGUAUCCCAAUCUUAAAGCAUUAGGCAAUAGCGAAUCCACUGCUUCUGCUCCUGCUCCUGUUCCUGUUCCUGCUUGGUCUCUUGAAUGUCUGCCAUUUAUGAUCCAUCUCUAUGAAAAGGAAGAUUUUGAAGAGCGAAUGUAUGAAACCACAGUUGACCGUCGUUCAUUGGACGGCUGUGGUAUAAAUGAGGUCCGCUCCUGUAAGGUGCUCAGUGGUGUUUGGGGUCUCUAUGAGGGUCCUGGCUAUGCUGAACCCAGUUACCAGCUGAAGGAGGGGGAGUAUCCCAAUCCUGAGGCGUGGGGCAAUGGCAACAAUGCUCCUGCUCUGUCUGUUAAACGUGUGACACCUUAUAAGAUCCAACUCUAUGAAAAGGAAGAUUUUGAAGAGCGAAUGUAUGAAACCACAGUUGACCGUCAUUCAUUGGACGGCUGUGGUAUAAAUGAGGUCCGCUCCUGUAAGGUGCUCAGUGGUGUGUGGGAUCUCUAUGAGGGUCCUGGCUAUGCUGAACCCAGUUACCAGCUGUCGGAGGGGGAGUAUCGUGAUCCUGGGUCGUGGUGUGCCAGUGACCCCACUGCUCCUGCUCUGUCUGUUAAACGUGUGACAGAGUAAAUUCUAUAAUAUCCUUCCAUCUGUUGCCCUCGUUCAUCUUUAAAGUAGGGCUGUCAAUUUAAAGCAUUUAUUUAAUGUUUAAUUAUAACUUCUAAACAAAAAUAGUAUAAUCAGUGAUUUACUCUGCAGUCACAAUUAUGUAAUAUCUUUUACUUUUGUAUUUUAAUUGUUUUCUCUACAAAUGGUAAUAUAUACACUGAAUUGGGAAUAACUUGAUUAAUUACUUGUCAUAUCAUGAUAGAAUAUCAUGCAAUUAAUUUGAUUUAGCAGAUGCUUUUAUCCAAAGCGUCUAGAAAAUGAGUAACGGCAGGAUUGAAUGAUUACAGCUGAUUGACAGCUAUUGAAGCCACACGUGCCUAAACUAGAUUAUUUUGUGAAUAAAACAUUGUGACACAUAACGCUGACAAAGAGCAGUGCAAUGAAAAAUCAGUGAUGAGAAAGCAAAAUCAUGAAAGUAAAUCAAUCUAAAGAAACAGCUAUUAAACUAAAGUGGGGGGAGGUUUUACCUUGAUUUUAGUUCUUCACAAAUACAGCAGACAGAUAUUUGGGGCUAAUAGCUGAUUUAUGUUAGUGUUUGAGCAGCUUUCUGUAUGCUUGUUGUUGUUAUUAUUAUUCACGAUGUGAUGCUGGAUGGUGGGUGGAUAGGCAAUAGUUAACAGUAGAUAAUGGUGAAGGGUUGUGUUAUAUUAGGACAGGUUUGUUUAGUGAUGGAUAAAUAUAGGUAACUGAUGGAACAAUUGUUUUUUUUGGUCAUUUCUUUGAGUGUGUGAGUAGAGUAGAGAUCUGGGCACAGUUCCUGUGAGAUAUUUUGGGGAGUUGCUCAUUUUUAGAGACUGAAUUUGAUAUGGAAUCAGUCUUUCUACAUCUAAUCUUUCACCUUUUAGUAUGCAGGAGUUCAGUUACAUCUUUCUUGUGCGAUUACUGGGAAAAAAGGUUAUUAGGGAAAAAAUGUAAUGCAUUUCAGCUUGUUAUUCUCAAAAACUGACAAAAAUAAACUGUGUUGCAUCAACAACAAUGGUGGAGCAAUGAUUUAUUUCUUGUCUAAUAAAUGUCAAGUCAAGUCAAGUCACCUUUAUUUAUAUAGCGCUUUUACAAUACAGAUUGUGUCAAAGCACUUAACAGUAUCAAAUUGGAGGAUAGAGUGUCAGUAAUGUAUAAUGAUAAGAUUAAACACUCAAUUUUCAGUUAAAGGCAUUUCAUUAUUGAAUUCAGAGAUGUCAUUGUCUAGCUCAGUUUAGUUUAAAUAGUAUCUGUGCAAUCAAA